AUGUUAAGAAAAGGUUGUAUAAAUGGCUUGAGGGCCCUUAAAUUUGGAAAAGUUUGCUAUAUUCAGCAUUCGAAGUUUACUUGUGCACCUUGUAUUGCAUACUUUGGAGGACAGCGCAAUCAGCUUUUGGACACGUCAAUGUUGAAAUUACCGUCGUCUCAGAUCCAAUUCAUACCAAAAAAUGCAUUUUCAACUUCAUCGGGAAAAGGUUCGUCAGACGAUGAUAGUGGUAUUGAUCCAGAUGGCUUACCUACUUCAAAUACAAAUGAAUCUGAUCCAUCAUCUACGCCACUUCCUCCCGCAGUUCCACCAUUAGCAUUGUCUCCACAAAAUAUCCCAGAGAACUUCCCUAUUGUACCGGUGAUUGCAAUAUCUGGUUCACCGUUAUUCCCAAAAUUUGUUAAAAUGAUUGAGAUCACUGAUCCACGUCUGAUAACUCUUAUUCGUCGAAAAAUCAAAUUGAAUGCUCCAUAUGCGGGAAUAUUUUUAAAGAAACCAAAUACAGAACAGUCAGAUGUCGCAAAUAGUAUGGAUGAAUUGCAUCGAGUUGGCACAUUUGUACACAUUCCUGAAUGGGAUGAUUUAGGCUCGAAAAUUCGACUACUAGUUAUUGGACAUCGUCGCAUUGAACUGAUUCGUCCAGUUGUAGAGGAUAAUGUAGAAGAAGAGAUCAGCUUGCCAGUCGGGAAACGUAACAGUUUAGUUCGACGCGUUAAACGUGCAGCGGUCAAACUUACAGAAUCUUUAAAUUCUAAACCAUCAAAUAAUCAAACAUCAUCAUCACCACCACCAUCUUCGGAAGAUACAACAUCUAUAAAAGGUGAAAAUCAGUCAGAUAGCAACACUAGUGGGAGUAGUAGUAGUAGUAGUUCCAGUGCUUCCACAUUAUUGGAUAACGUUGAUCUUGGUGCUUCUUCACCAGUUUUAAUUGGUGAAACAAUUAAUCUCUACCAUGAUCUGUAUGAAAAUACACAAGAAAUUAAGGCUUUAAGCGCUGAAAUUGUAAAGACAAUCCGAGAUAUAAUUAGUCUUAAUCCUGUGUAUCGAGAAAAUGUUCUUGCGAUGCUCCAAGCUGGACAACGUGUUGCUGAUAAUCCUGUAUACCUCAGCGAUUUAGGAGCCGCAAUGUGUAGUGCCGGUGAUACAGAAGAAUUACAAGCAGUUUUAGAAGAAAUGAAUAUACAUAAACGUCUUCGAUUAUCAUUAAAUUUAGUUAAAAAAGAAUAUGAAUUAGGUCGACUUCAACAACAAAUAGGUCGUGAAGUUGAAGAGAAAGUUAAACAACAACACAGACGUUAUAUGCUUUCAGAACAAUUGAAAGUAAUUAAAAAAGAACUAGGUUUAGAGAAAGAUGAUAAAGAUACAAUUGUUGAAAAGUUUCGUAUGCGUUUAAAGGAUUUAACUGUUCCAUCUAGUGUUAUGGAAGUGAUCGAUGAAGAAUUGAAUAAAUUAAGCGUUUUAGAUAAUCACUCUUCAGAAUUCAAUGUAACACGUAAUUAUUUGGAUUGGUUAACUGCACUACCUUGGGGUGUAACAAGUGAAGAACAUUUAGAUAUUGGACAAGCAAAGAAAAUUUUAGAUGAAGAUCAUUAUGGAAUGGAUGAUGUGAAAAAACGUAUUCUGGAAUUCAUUGCUGUUAGUCAAUUGAAAGGUUCAACACAAGGCAAAAUUUUAUGUUUUUGUGGUCCACCUGGAGUUGGUAAAACCAGUAUAGCUAAUUCAAUAGCUCGUGCAUUAAAUAGAAAAUAUUUUCGUUUUUCUGUUGGUGGAAUGUCUGAUGUAUCUGAAAUCAAAGGUCAUCGACGUACUUAUGUUGGUGCUAUGCCUGGUAAAAUUAUUCAAUGUCUUAAAAAAACUAAAACUGAAAAUCCACUCAUUUUAAUCGAUGAAAUUGAUAAAUUAGGUCGUGGAUGGCAAGGUGAUCCAGCUAGUGCUUUAUUAGAACUACUUGAUCCAGAACAAAAUGUUAAUUUCCUUGAUCAUUAUCUUGAUGUUACAGUAGAUUUAAGUCGUGUAUUAUUCAUUACAACAGCAAAUCAAUUAGAUACAAUUCCAGAACCAUUAAGAGAUCGUAUGGAAGUGAUUGAAGUAUCCGGUUAUGUUGAAGAAGAAAAAUUAGCCAUUGCAAAACGUUAUCUUCUUCCAUUGGCUACUCGAAAUUGUGGUCUAGAUGAUAAUCGUCUUUUAAUUGAUGAUAAUGCAAUAAAACGUUUAAUUAAACAAUAUUGUCGUGAAAGUGGUGUACGUAAUCUACAAAAGCAUAUUGAAAAAAUUGUUCGUAAAGUUGCUUAUCAAUUAGUCAAUGCAGAGAAAGAUCCACCAAUUCUAGUCAAUAGUGACAACUUAACCACAUAUGUUGGUCAACCAAUUUGGACAUCAGAUCGUUUGUAUGAUUCUAUCACACCACCUGGGGUUGUUAUGGGUUUAGCUUGGACAUCAAUGGGUGGUUCUGUUCUAUAUAUUGAAUGUACUCAUAAAAAACCGAAAUAUUUCUACCAAUCUACCAAUACUACUGAUUCACACAGUGAUAGUAGUAGUGAUUCGGAAGAAGUAUCUAAUAAAAAAGGGAUUUUACAAGUAACUGGAAGUUUAGGAAAAGUUAUGAAAGAGUCCAUAUCUAUUGCUCAUACAUUUGCUACACAAUUUGCUGCUUCCGGUGCUCCAUGCUUUUCUACAACUACUGUCAUUGAUAAUGAUAGUGCUGAUAGUAAUAAUAAUCAAGAACAGUGUAUGCUUAAUCCAACAGAAUCUUCAAAAGCAGCUUUAUUCCUUCAAGAAUCUGAUAUUCACUUACAUGUUCCUCAAGGUGCUACACCUAAGGAUGGUCCAUCUGCUGGAGUAACUAUGGUAACGGCUUUGUUAAGUUUAGCAUGUGGUAAACCUGUUCGUCCUAAUCUAGCUAUGACUGGUGAAAUCAGUUUAACUGGUAAAGUUCUACCAGUCGGUGGUAUCAAGGAGAAAGUUAUCGCAGCUAAACGUGGUGGUAUAACAACUAUCAUUUUACCAGAAGCGAAUCGUAAAGAUUAUGAUGAUUUAGCAUCAUUUAUUAAAGAUGAUUUACAAGUUUAUUUUGUUCAACAUUAUAAAGAAAUUUUCCCAGUGGCAUUUUCUAUAAACCUGGAAAAAUCAAUAAUACAACAUUGA